CUUCCUGCAAGAUGGCGAGCGGCGGCAGUGGGGGGGUGUCCGUACCUGCGCUGUGGAGUGAAGUGAAUCGUUAUGGCCAGAACGGCGACUUCACCCGUGCUCUCAAGACCGUCAACAAGAUACUGCAGGUCAACAAGGAUGAUGUAACUGCCCUGCACUGUAAAGUCGUAUGCCUUAUCCAGAAUGGAAGUUUCAAGGAAGCCUUGAAUGUCAUCAAUACUCACACCAAAGUGUUAGCCAACAACUCUCUUUCCUUUGAGAAGGCAUAUUGCGAGUACAGGCUAAAUAGAAUUGAGAAUGCCUUGAAGACAAUAGAAAGUGCCAACCAGCAGACAGACAAACUAAAGGAGCUUUAUGGACAAGUGUUAUACCGAUUGGAACGCUAUGAUGAGUGCUUAGCUGUAUAUAGAGAUCUUGUGCGAAACUCCCAAGAUGAUUAUGAUGAGGAGAGAAAAACCAACCUUUCAGCAGUUGUUGCAGCUCAGAGCAAUUGGCAAAAAGUGGCUCCAGAAAACUUGGGCCUACAAGAAGGCACAUACGAAUUGUGCUAUAAUGCUGCAUGUGCACUGAUAGGACAAGGCCAACUGACCCAGGCAAUGAAAAUCCUACAGAAAGCUGAAGAUCUUUGUCGCCGUUCACUAUCAGAAGAUUCUGAUGGGGCUGAGGAAGACCCACAGACAGAACUGGCAAUCAUUCAUGGUCAGAUGGCAUAUAUACUGCAGCUUCAGGGUUGUACAGAGGAGGCUUUACAACUUUACAAUCAGAUAAUCAAACUGAAGCCAACAGAUGUGGGAUUGCUAGCUGUAAUUGCAAAUAACAUCAUUACCAUUAACAAGGACCAAAAUGUCUUUGACUCCAAGAAGAAAGUGAAAUUAACUAAUGCAGAGGGAGUGGAAUUUAAGCUUUCCAAGAAGCAACUGCAAGCUAUAGAAUUUAAUAAAGCUUUACUUGCUAUGUACACAAACCAGGCAGAACAGUGCCGAAAAAUAUCCUCCAGUUUACAGUCCCAGAGUCCUGAGCAUCUCCUCCCUGUGUUAAUCCAAGCUGCCCAGCUGUGCCGUGAAAAGCAGUACGUGAAAGCAAUCGAGCUGCUUCAGGAAUUUUCAGAUCAGCAUCCAGAAAAUGCAGCUCAAAUUAAGCUAACCAUGGCACAACUGAAAAUUUCCCAAGGUAAUAUUUCCAAAGCAUGUCUAAUACUGAGAAGCAUAGAAGAGUUAAAGCAUAAACCAGGCAUGGUGUCUGCGUUAGUGACUAUGUACAGCCAUGAGGAGGAUAUUGAUAGUGCCAUUGAAGUCUUCACGCAGGCCAUCCAGUGGUAUCAAAACCAUCAGCCCAAGUCUUCUGCUCAUUUGUCCUUGAUAAGAGAAGCUGCCAACUUUAAACUCAAAUAUGGGCGGAAGAAGGAGGCAAUUAGUGACCUCGAACAGCUAUGGAAACAGAAUCCAAAAGAUAUCCAUACCUUGGCACAGCUUAUUUCUGCUUACUCACUUGUAGAUCCAGAGAAGGCAAAAGUUCUUAGUAAACACUUACCCUCAUCGGAUAGUAUGUCUCUCAAAGUAGACGUUGAGGCUCUUGAAAAUUCUCCUGGUGCUACAUACGUUCGGAAAAAGGGUGGAAAACUUGGUGGCGGAGAUAGUCAACCAAAGGAGCAAGGCCAAGGAGAUUUGAAAAAGAAGAAAAAGAAAAAGAAGGGAAAACUGCCUAAGAAUUAUGACCCAAAAGUUACCCCAGAUCCAGAAAGAUGGCUACCAAUGCGAGAACGUUCUUACUACAGAGGAAGGAAGAAGGGCAAAAAGAAGGAUCAAAUUGGAAAAGGGACCCAGGGAGCAACUGCAGGAGCUGCAUCUGAACUGGACGCUAGUAAAACUGUGAGCAGCCCUCCCACCUCCCCAAGACCUGGCAGUGCAGCAACAGUAUCUGCCUCUACAAGUAAUAUCAUCCCCCCACGACAUCAGAAACCUGCAGGAGCUCCAGCAACUAAAAAGAAACAGCAACAGAAAAAGAAGAAAGGUGGAAAAGGUGGCUGGUGAUUAGCACAUUCUUGUUGUAGGCUAUUUUUAAACUAGUCUCAGUGACACU